UGUCACUUCUGACAGUGACAUUUCGGCUCUCAAUUUUUCAUGAAAGUUUAAAAAUGUUUUUCUCAAUAUUAUUUCGAUUUAGAGCCUUAAUUUUAAUAUUUAUUAUAAAUUCUGUGUCACAAUGUUAUUCCAAUGAUAUAUUGGGAUGCGGCGGAUUCGUUAAAAGUCACGCAAGCUUGGACUUUUCGAAAAUAGAGAUUGGUUUAUACACUAAAGAAGGAAGUCUUAAAGAGAAAACUGAAUGUGCACCGACCAACGGUUACUACUUUCUACCUUUAUACGAAAAGGGAGAGUACGUUUUAAGGGUCCAUCCACCAGCAGGAUGGAGUUUCGAACCUUCAGAAGUUGAACUCCUAAUAGAUGGUGAAACUGAUCAAUGUUCUACUGGCGAAGAUAUCAACUUUGUGUUCAACGGGUUUGGUAUAACGGGCAGAGUGAUUACGGCUGGGCAGAAACAGGGCCCAAGUGGAAUAAAUGUACAGUUGGUGAAUGAAAAAGGUGAUGUAAGAAACACUGUGACUACUGUGGGUGGGGAUUUUCACUUCACCCCUGUUAUUCCCGGGAAGUAUGUUGUGAAGACAACUCAUCCCAGGUGGAAACUAGAUCCUGCUCAGACAGUGGUUCAAGUCAAGGAGGGCAACACAGCCCUGCCCUUGGGCUCGCUCAGUGUAAAGGGCUAUGAUGUGUCUGGAUCUGUUACAUCCUUUGGAAGCCCUAUCUCGGGAAUUUAUGUUCUGCUCUAUUCUAUAGAGGAGAACCCUAAAUACCGAGUAGAAGGGUGCAAGACAGCCCUCUUGCAAGGUGUACCAGACUCUCCCAUCUGCCACUCCAUCACUGAUGCUGCUGGGGAGUUCAAGUUUGGCCUAGUUCCUGCAGGAAAUUAUAAACUCCUGGCAUUAUCCAAGUCGCCAGGACAAGCUGCCAUCACUUAUAAUAUCAAGCCAGAUGCAGUGCCAUUCACUGUGAAACAUGACAGCUUGUAUAUCAAGAAUGCUUUCGAGGUAAGUGGGUUCAUAGCAGUUGGUUCAGUGCUGACCGGCGCCGGCGGCAGUGGUAUAUCAGGCGUCAGGGUGUCAAUGGGAGGUCAGCCCAUUGGAACAACUGAUGAAGCGGGGAAAUUCACCUUGACUGGGUUGAAACCUGGGACGUUCACACUUAACUUCCAACACGCACAGUGCGAGUUCGAUGAGUUGCCAGUGACGGUGACUGCUGGCGGAGUGAGCACUCCGCUCCGCUCUAUUGCGGCUCGCUGGAAAGUGUGCGGCGAGCUAUCCCCGCCGGAGCCAAGAUCUGUGUUGUUGCGGGCCACUAACCGCGGCGCGCCCGACCGCCGCGUGCAGGCCGCGACUGAUGGUAAAUGGUGCACAUUUCUGCCGCCCGGCGUGUACGCCGCUAAAGUGGAAGUCAGCGAACAGGAGCAGAGGGAUGGAUUGCAGUUCUACCCGGAGGAGCAGCAAGUGUCGGUGGGGCGCGGCGCGGUGAGCGGCGUGUCGUUCGGGCAGGUGCGCGCGCGCGUGCGCGGCCGCGUGCUGUGCGACAAGUACUGCGCCGGUCUGCGCGUCGCCUUACGCCCGCUGGCCGCUGACGGCACCUACGCAGGGCCGCCCAGGCACGCGCCCGUUGUCAACGGUGAAUACACGUUUGAGGAGGUGGUGCCCGGCAGCGUGGAAGUUUCCGUCAGCUCUGACAAGCUGUGCUGGGCGGAGUCCGCUCAUAACGUGGCCGUUACACAAGAGCUGCCCCCCGUGCCGGACUUCGAGCUGCACGGGCUCGCUCUAGCCAUUACCGCCACACAUCGCAUGCAGGUGGAAUACCAAAGUAAAACUGCCAACGGUAUACUGUCAGUGCCGGCGGGGUCUAGCCGGCAGUGCGUGCCGCUCGCGGACCAGUACACGCUGACCCCGCGCGGCUGCCACCGCGUACACCCGCCACAGGUCACCAUUAAAAUGGACACUCGAGACGUGCCGAGCGUGUCGUUCGUAGCGACAGCGCACGCGGCGGUUAUCAGGAUAGUCUCCCCGGAGCCAGCAAUGGACGUUGUACUGCAGCUGAGCUCCGACGGGCAGCCUGGGGAGGAUGUGCCAUUGAAGCCGGUGCGGGAGGAAGCCGGCUACGUGUACGAGCAUACGGUGUACUUGGCUGAGGGCGAAGUGACAACAGUGACCCCUCAAUCUUCUCACUUGCUGUUCGCCCCCCGCGGCCCUCAGAGGCUAGUGGGAGGGUCGGAGUGCCAACCACAAGCACUCACGCUGCUCGCCGCCAAAGCACUCACUCUUAAGGGCAGGAUCGUGCCUUCGGUCGCCGACGUCACAGUCACCCUCGAGGGAGAUGAUGUCAAACUGAGCCAAAUCACGGGGGAAGACGGCGUGUACAGUUUCGGGCCGCUCGACGCGACCAUACAAUACAAGAUCACUGCGGAGAAGGAUUCCUACGUGUUCAACGAGAGAGAGCUAAAUGGUGAUAUCAGAGCUCACAAGUUGGCGGAAAUCACUGUGCAGUUGGUAGACAGUGCGGAUGAUACGCCGCUUGAGGGCGCGUUGGUAUCCGUAAGCGGCGGUUCAUUCCGUCGCAACGUAGCGUCAGGGCCUACGGGCUCGCUGCGCUUCGGCGCGCUGUCGCCCGCGCAGUACUACGUCAAGCCCAACAUGAAGGAGUAUCGCUUCGAGCCUCCGCACUCCAUAGUGCCCGUCGAGGACGGACGCACGCACCGACUGGUCUUCAAGGGAGUACGCGUGGCGUGGUCGGCGCUCGGUCGCGCCGUGUCUCUAGGGGGCACGGGCGUAGGACGCGUGCCCGUGCGAGCACGCGCCUCGCCGGAGUACGCGGCGCGCUGUCCUCAACAAGACGCCACUACCUCGCCCAACGGAGACUUUAGAAUCCGCGGCCUGCUACCCAACUGCGUGUAUCUGAUAGAGCUAAAAGAGUCCACAGAGCAGGAGCUGAUGGGCAUCGAGCUCGCCAAAGCGCCGCCGCCGCUAGAAGUAAAAGAGAAAGACAUCGAGAACAUCCGCCUGAUAAUAAUUCAACCUAACCAACUAACAGACACCAACGUUCUAAUCCACACCCCCAACAUAGACCAUUACAAGACCCUGCGCCUCACCCUCGCUCUGGAGGCGACCCCCCAUUCCUCCCUCUACUCCACUAAACUGGAUCCAACCGGUUACAACCAGCACAACAACCCGGGGCUGAUGCACGUCAUGCCGCGGCUACCCGCCGACAACAAGACCUACGUACUUCAGUUGGAGUCGUCUCUAUCUAAAGUGACGCAUUCGUACGGCGAGCAUGUCUACUACUUCAAUUCUGAUGGAAAAUUCCGCCAUUUUGACAUCGAUUUUGUGCCAAAAGUAAAGUCAUCUGAACAAGAACUCCGCCAGAGUUCCCUGCUAGUGUUACCCCUGCUAGCGGCUCUAGGCCUCCUGUAUACGCAACGGCACCGCCUACCCAAUCUCAGGCCGGACGCCAUCAAACGAGUGUCUAGGAAGAAGGCGCAGUAACCAUUACUAGUGAUAAGUUAUAACUUGAAUGCCUUCGAGGCAAGAGUGUAUAGAACUUCUAGGCAAGUACGCUCCAAUCUAGACCUCAUUGCUCUGUUUCUCAGGCAUGAUUGUCGUCAAGCGCAAGCCUAUCUCACUAUUAAAAAAAACCUAAAAGAGUUAAUAUAAACAUAAACAAUUUGUGUAGAAGGUUUUUUUAGUCAAACUGAACAAAGAAAUAUUCGUUUUAUAUCGCGUAGCCUGUUAUUAAAAGACAAAUGCCUCAAUAGCUCAAAGUUUUAAAGGGGCUAGCUGAAAACCGAAAGGUCAUGGGUUCAGAUUCACAUUGAGGUCAUGACUACUUAGCUCGACUCCCUGAAUAAGAUAUGAUUAAGGAAUUGAAGUGGACUAGAGAUACGUGUUCAGCAGACUAAUUAGAUUUUAUAGAUGACUCAAAAAUUUCCGAGUCUGGUGAACACAUCUCCGCUCCGCUUCAGUUCAGUAGACAGGUACCCUAAGCCCCCUCGAAAACUAUUGAAUCAGUAUGACAAUAACAAUUAGUCAGUAAAGUAUCAAAUCAAUUAUUAUUUUAAAUUUUAAUCUGUAUAGUUUCAUUUAAAAUGAAAUGAUUUUAAUUUAUUUUAACAUUCCAUUUUGGAACCUGCUGACUACACAACUUUUUUUUUAAUUUGAUAAAAUUGAAUGUUAGAACAAUGAUAUAUAUUUAUAAAUUAAAUGAAUGUAAUGUAAUAAUGUAUUUCAAAACGAAUUAUUAUGAUUUAUGAAGUGAAUGAAGUAAUUAUUAUUUAUUGUUGAUGUAAGUGAUUUUUGUGAAAUUUUUGUUAGUGUGUUGUGAUGGUAAAAGUAUACAAUAGAUUUAUGUGUGAAGGCAAAUAAAUGAGGAUUGUUUAUAAA